AUGAAGCCGCUAAAACCCAUAGGAUCCCCCUCACCUCUGAGGCUCCUCAACAAGGGCCCGGACUACUUGCGUAGGCAGAUGGAGGGUGGGGGCCAGGGCCGUUCCAUCAGCGCUGUAGAGAGACUAGAGGCAGACAAGGCCAAGUACGUUAAGAGCCAGCAGGUCAUUAACACCAAACAGGAGCCCGUCCUGGUGCCUUGCACACCACCUCCUCCACACCGUCGUCCCCACACUGUGCCUGGGAGCCUCACACCACGACUGCCACCCCGCCGAUCCUCUGCCCCUUUCACCACCCUGACCGGUCCCCUCACCAUACGAGAUGAGAAUGAGAAUGAUGACUCGAGGAAGGAGAAUCGGAGGACGUCGGUGGAUGUGGAAGCACGGAACAGGAGUAACGCCAACAAGGUGACCCCACCCAGCCCCAGGACUCCCAGGACUCCACACUCCAUACCCCUGGUAGCCCCUCACAGUGCCCCCAUCCUGAGGAGGAGCACCGGUAAGCGCAUGCUGCGGCCUGACUCCCUGGUCAUCUAUCGGCAGAAGAAAGAGUGCAAAAGCCUGCCUAGUGGUGGCAUCGUAUUGGGGAACUCCAACAUGGAGAUAAAGGGGUACAACUUUGUCCGCCGCCUCUUCCAGGGCUCCAUGCGGGAGAAGUGUGGCGGGGGCGAGGGGGGCACCCAGAAGAUGGUGAUCAGCGAGGAGAAAGCUUUGUCGCGGGAUGGUGACUCACGCAUGUCCUGGACCAAUGACAAGGACACCGUGGACGGGGGACAGGUAGGGCCAGGUAGCCGGAGAUCCAGUAAGACGGACCACGAGCGCUCACCGCUCAAUGGCACUACCAAUGGUACCAGAAACGGCAAUGGCAUCACCAAGAGCAAUGACGUAAGUGACCACACUGACAACGAGGCGGACGUCUGGAAGCGGGUGCCACCGCCACCGCCCCCGCGGUGGCGUUCAGGACUACAACGCUCCAAGUCAGAUCUGCUUCUGCGAUGCUCAGUGGCGUUGUCUGACCAGGAGCAUUUCUUUGACUACUGCGGGCUGGACCUGGACAUGGUGGACCGGCUGGGGCCUGAGAACUUCCUGGGUGGGGCCAGCGACGUAGACACGCUCUCAUUGGUGCUGAGGAGCAUAGGGGGCGGUGGCUCGGAGCCCAGCGAGUUCUCCCGCCACUCAGGAGAGGCGGGGCUUUUCCAGGAGGAGGUGGCCGAGAAGCUGACCACGGGAGUGUCAAUCAUCGAGAGGAAUGCCCGUGUCAUCAAAUGGCUCUACAGCUGCAAGAACGCAGCACAGGAGGGGCCCAAAGAGUCCACUGUUUAG